AUGACGCAAGAGGAUCCUAGUAACCGCUUUAACGAUGGACUCCUUUCCAGUGGAGAUAACACAGAUAACGAAGACGCGGUUAUAAGAAACGACAGGACAAGUGUGAAAGAAAUGAUAUUGCGUUUCGAACGGACAGCCGUCAACAGUUUCAGCGGUUCGAGUGAAUCCCUGGAGAAAUCUAAAUAUUGUAUGUUAGGAAGCUUAACAAGUGUCGUUAAUCCUAUACAAAUGCAUUUUCAACAUUUGUGUCCAGUGAGUAAUUCGCAAGAUAGACAUUCAAACGUGUCAGUGAAUUCUAUAUUAUCAAACGCUUCUGAAAUCAGCUACGAAUCAAGUUCGUCAGGUUUUGCAUCGGACAGAAAAUCAUCCGAAUUAAAGCCUCAUAGACCCGCUCCUCCACCACCGCCAGAACCCUUUAACGAUAGCUUUUCCAUUAAUAGUAUAUCUGUUUCCGAGGAACCAAUGACAAAGGAUAUUCGGUUUUCUUUUGCAACACCUCCAAGUUCACCGAUAGUUUUACGCCGUUCGAGACAACCGCCAGUAAUCAGAAGAAAAUCUACAAUUGGAGGCCAAGGACAUUUAGGUGAAACACAUUGGUCUUAUGGUGUGAAACAAAGUGAUUUAGAAAAGUUACUGCGACUUAAAACGUCGGAAGUGUCGGACAAUGAAGAAGAAACAAAAGGCGCGAGUGUGGAGUCAUCGGGCAACGAUAACAGUAGUGACGAUUCUAGCGAUAGUGACAAAAUGGAAUCGGGUGCAGAAUACUUAGUUAAUAACGACGACGGUAGAACUGAUACGUUGUCAACGGAUCAUUCAACGGAUACGUUAAAAAAUGAAUAUGAAAGUGAUGAAGGAGAUAAUCUGUCGGAUGUUUCUGUUGCAUCUGCGGAUCGUUGCAAUUAUGACAAUAUCAGUAUUAAAUCAGUAUCCUCUUUCGAUAUGGUUCCGUAUCAGAAAUACGACAGCAUUACAGUAUCGUCUGACGAGUACGGUUCAGAAGUAUGUCAUGCUCCUGACACAGAAUUCCUCACUGUUAGUGCAGUGAACGAAUGGUGUGUUUCAAAGUCUUCAGAACCUGUUUUGAUACCAGUUGAAUCUAAAAAGGAGAAAUAUCGAAGACGAUUAACGGAACGUGUGAACGAGUUGUUACAUACUGAAAAUGUAUACGUUGAGCGUUUGAAGCACGUGGUUGAAGAUUACAUCCCCGAAAUGUUUCGAGAAGACAUACCGCCGUCGCUUAGAGGGAUGAAACCAGACAUUUUUGCCAACAUUGAGCGCAUAUGCCGAUUUCACGCCGAAGAAUUCCUCCCGGCGCUGAGAGACUGCGAGAAUGAUCUCAGGAAAUUGGGACAGUGUUUUAGGAGAUUUGAGCAGAGGUUUAAUAUGUACGUAAUGUACUCUAGAAAUAAUAAGAGAGCUACAAGACUGGUUUAUGAACACAAACAGUUUUUCCAAGCAAGACAAUUAGAGUUAGGUGAUCGUUUAGAUCUAUCAAGUUAUCUGUUAGAGCCAGUACAAAGGUUACCGCGGUACAAACUGUUCUUGGACGAUUUAGUGAAAACUUAUUCAAACUAUGAAAACGAAAGGUGUGAAUCGGAUUCUAGAAUAUCGAAACUUAGUGUUGACAGUGAUGAAACGGGUGGAAGCAAUGGAGAGUCUUCCGACAGUGACGAAACGCCUUUGGAAAGUUUGAAGCUAGCGAAAACUAUGGUCGAGUGCGUUUUAACUGCGGUCGACGGAAUAAUGGCGUUGGAGAACAUUAGAGACAGUCCGCCUCAUUUAAACUUAUUGAAUCAAGGACGACUAUUGCGGCAAAACGAGUUCUACGCGAUGGACCCUGCCAGAAGGCGAAGGCAACUUAUGAGGAUAUUCCUCUUUGACAAGCUCGUGCUCAUCACAGCCGUGUACAGGAAGCAACCAACUGUGGAGUUCUUCAUAUACAAGGAUCAUAUCCCAGUCGAUGAUCUAGGCAUAACAGCGAAAGAGCAAGACCUGUACAAGUUCACAAUUUGGUAUAAGAAACGAAACCUAAAAUCGUACAAAUUGGAGACUAGAGACUCUGGAAUCAGGAGCGCGUGGGUUGAAGAGAUCACGUCUCUGCUUUGGGAACAGGCAAUGCAGAAGAAAGAGCUUUUACUACAACAGCGAAACAAGAGGAUGUCGGUGGUUUCAAUGAACAGUCAAGAGUCGUCAGGGACUGAAAACAAUGAUGACAAAUAUAAUUCCCUUCGUGGGGUGCCGGGAGAAGUUCGACGAUGUAGCGAGAAGAAAGUAAGAAGAACGACUUGGUACUGCGAAUGA